GCCGGGAGAACUGCGGCGUGGGAUCCGUAGUCCGAGCCCUUGGGCCGCGCGAGGGAGACUCCAGUGGGGAGAGGCGCGGGGAUUGGCUGGUGGAGUUCGAGUCCCGCCCACAUCUGGUGACACCCGUCGGCGGUCUUGCUACUUAAGGCGCCGUGGCCUCGUCCGCCCCGCCUUAGCUCCAGCGCUAGAGAGAAACAUGCAUCGUUUCCGAUCACAGCUCUUCACGGGGAUUUCUGCAGCCACCAGCGCCCACUCUCAUCCACGCCGCUUCUCGCCCCUGUUGUUAUCCGAAGCCUCGCCUCUGAGCCGCCCGCCGCAUAGACGCACGAGUAGAAAGUGCAGCUCCAUCGGCUGAUCCUCGCUAAGCUCCGAGUCUGGGCGGCACCGGGCGUCCCACGAUGCCGAAGAACAAGAAGCGGAACGCUGUCCACCGCGGCGGCAGUGCUGGCGGCGGCUCAGGGGCAGCAGCAGCGACGGCGGCCACGGCAGGUGGCCAGCACCGGAACGUGCAGCCGUUCAGCGACGAGGACGCGUCCAUCGAGACCAUGAGCCACUGCAGCGGCUACAGCGACCCUUCCAGCUUUGCCGAGGACGGACCGGAAGUCCUGGAGGAGGAAGGAAGUCAAGAGGACUUGGAGUACAAGCUGAAGGGCCUCAUCGACUUGACCCUGGAUAAGAGUGCGAAGACAAGGCAGGCCGCUCUGGACGGUCUCAAAAACGCACUGGCUUCGAAAAUGCUUUACGAGUUCAUUCUGGAGCGGAGAAUGACUCUCACGGACAGCAUCGAGCGCUGCCUGCGGAAAGGGAAGAGCGACGAGCAGCGGGCGGCGGCGGCCCUGGCGUCGGCGCUCUGUGUCCAGCUUGGCCCCGGGAUUGAGAGUGAGGAGGUUCUGAAGACGCUCGGGCCGGUCCUGAAGAAGAUAAUCUGCGACGGGACCGCCAGUGCGCAGGCCCGGCAGACGUGCGCCACGUGCCUCGGCGUGUGCUGCUUCAUCGCCACGGACGACAUCACGGAGCUGUACGCCGCCCUGGAGUGCUUGGAGAGCGUCUUCGGCAAGUCCUGCCUCCCGGAGAAGGACGCCCCCCUGGUGCGCAGCGGCCCGGGCGCGGGGCUGCACGUCAGCUCGCUUCUCGCCUGGACGCUGCUGCUGACCAUCUGCCCCAUCAGCGAGGUGAAGAAAAAGCUCGAGAUGCAUUUCCACAAGCUGCCCGGCCUGCUGUCCUCGGAGGACGUGAACCUGCGCAUCGCCGCCGGGGAGUCGCUCGCGCUGCUGUUGGAGCUGGCCCGCGGGGUGGAGAGCGACGUCCUCUAUGACGACAUGGACUCCCUGACGCGGAUGCUCCGGGCUCUGGCCACGGACGGGAACAAACACCGGGCCAAGGUGGACAAGAGGAGGCAGCGCUCUGUGUUCAGGGACGUGCUGCGGGCGGUGGAGGAGCGGGAUUUCCCAACGGAAACCGUUAAGUUCGGCCCCGAGCGCAUGUACAUCGACUGCUGGGUGAAGAAGCACACCUACGACACGUUCAAGGAGGUCCUGGGCUCGGGGCUGCAGUACCACCUGCAGUCAAACGAAUUCCUUCGCAACGUGUUUGAACUCGGACCGCCGGUGAUGCUCGAUGCGGCAGCGCUUAAAACGAUGAAGAUCUCUCGUUUCGAAAGGCAUCUGUACAACUCCGCAGCCUUCAAAGCUCGAACCAAAGCGCGAAGCAAGUGCCGUGACAAGAGAGCGGAUGUUGGAGAGUUCUUCUAGAUCUCCAGCAUUCAAAGACUACUUUCUAACUUGCGAUUCCUUUUCUUUUGUAACUUCUAAUGUACUUAAACUCUAGACGGUUUUUAUCUCGGGUCAACACAGAUAGCUUUUGUAGCAGGGGUUGUAUAGUUACUUAUAAUUUAAUGUAUAGAAUUGCAAAUGAUGAGCUCUAAUGGUGUCUGUAAGCAUCAGUAAACCAUGAACAAAGUGUCAUGUUUUCUAUUUAUGAAGAGCAGAAAUACGGUAUUUCAUGGUGAGAAAACUACUAGCCAAGAUGAAAUACACUAUUGUUGUCAGAUAUGUUGAUUUAAUGAUACAGCUAUUACAACGUAUUUAACUUAGGGUCUUAGACAAAGGAGGUGGAUACGAUUUUGGGAGCUAUUUCUUCUGGGGAAGCUGCUAUGUUUUUAACUCUGCGUAGAACCUAACGAUUUUAGUUUCGUCACUCGGAUCAACAAAGGGAAUUCUGCCACAAGACCUUACAGCCACACCCCCAGGCCACUCAGCCCGCCCGCCCGCCCGCGGGAGUCCCGUGCGAGUCCCGUGCGAGCCAGGGGGGUCGCGAGCCCUGACCUCUGAGGGUCGUGACACGAGUCCCGUCUGUUGUAAGACCUGUGCUCUUUAUUUGGAAUAAAGAUCUUUUCACACUA